AUGUUCGGGAAGCCAGACAAAAUGGACGUUCGGUGCCACUCGGACGCCGAGGCGGCCCGGGUCUCAAAGAGCGCGCACAAGGAAAGCCGCGAGAGCAAGGGCGCCGAGGGGACCCUCCCGGCCGCCUUCCUCAAGGAGCCGCAGGGCGCCUUCUCGGCGUCCGGACCCGCUGAAGAUUGCAACAAAAGUAAAUCCAAUUCCGCCGCCGACCCGGAUUACUGCCGCCGGAUCCUGGUCCGAGAUGCCAAGGGGUCCAUCCGCGAGAUCAUCCUGCCCAAGGGCCUGGAUCUGGACCGGCCCAAGAGGACCCGCACGUCCUUCACUGCAGAGCAGCUCUACCGGCUGGAGAUGGAGUUUCAGCGCUGCCAGUACGUGGUGGGCCGCGAGAGGACCGAGCUCGCCCGGCAGCUCAAUCUUUCCGAGACCCAGGUGAAGGUCUGGUUCCAGAACCGCCGCACCAAGCAGAAGAAGGACCAGGGCAAGGACUCGGAGCUGCGCUCGGUGGUGUCGGAGACCGCGGCCACGUGCAGCGUGCUGCGGCUGCUGGAGCAAGGCCGCCUGCUGUCGCCGCCGGGGCUGCCGGCGCUGCUGCCGCCCUGCGCCACGGGCGCGCUCGGCUCCGCGCUGCGCGGGCCCAGCCUGCCCGCCCUGGGCGCAGGCGCCGCCGCAGGCUCGGCCGCCGCCGCCGCCGCCGCGGCCGCUGCCCCGGGCCCUGCGGGCGCCGCGUCUCAGCACCCGCCGGCCGUGGGCGGCGCUCCGGGCCCCGGGCCCGCGGGGCCGGGGGGACUGCACGCGGGAGCGCCGGCCGCUGGUCAUGGCCUCUUCAGCCUGCCGGUGCCCUCGCUGCUCGGCUCGGUGGCCAGCCGCCUGUCCUCCGCCCCGUUGACCAUGGCUGGUUCGCUAGCCGGGAAUUUGCAAGAACUCUCGGCCCGAUACCUGAGCUCCUCGGCCUUCGAGCCUUACUCCCGGACCAACAACAAAGAAGGGGCCGAGAAAAAAGCGCUGGACUGA